CUUUUUUUCCACGCUCAUUCACAAUUUUUGUUAUAUUUGGUUUCUCUUGUUAAUUCACACAAAAACAGCGCAUUUACAAGCGGCAAAAGGCCAAGCUCACGCACCAUUCGAUUAUUUAUAUUAGUACUCACUAUCUGGUAAUACAUAGCAGUCAAAGAACAAAAACAGAGGGAACUUUUGCUAAUGGGGAACACGCAAUCGACAGAAGCUGAACCCAGCAAUCGCCGGCACAAUGUCUCGCACCACAGAGCUGGCUCUGCAGAGGGUGCAUCGGGAGCGGCACCGACCGCUAGUGGUGGACUCUCGCACCGUCUUUCGCGGCGGACCAAAACCCCCGGAGCCGGAACAACCACGUCGGCAGCACCUGUGCCGGUAAUACAGGUUUCUGGCGGCAGCGCGGAUGGCCAGAACCAAAAGCAGCGGCAGCAACAGCAGCACAGCUAUCGCAACCAUGCGGCAGGUGUCGGUGCCAUGGACAUGCUGACCCCAGUUGUAGGCUCACCGCUUCCAGACUCUAACAUGAUGAUUCCAGGGCAAGGCAGCGUGGGCAGGGGCGGGCGCAGCCCAGUGCAUAUUGCAGUACCUGAGGUUAUUCCGCAAACACUGCCGAAGCAGGGCGGGUUGGCGCAAAUGAUGGGUGCGCGUAUGAUUGCGCCUGGUGCUGGUGGCCGCUCCCCGCGCAGUGGUAUCUCUGAAGAUCUCCGGCUGAUGGGCAACGCUGGAAUGGCCAUUCCCAGACGCAGGAGCAGUGGGCUUGCCAGCAGCUUUUCUCCAAAUGACGACUGUGUUCGGGCGGAAAAAGUUGUUCCGACGCUAAUCCGGUGGACAGAGCCCGGAGACAUUGUGUAUAUGUCGGGGUCCUUCAUUGAUUGGCAGUACAAGAUCCGGCUGCACGAGAACGACGGCAUGUUUGGUGUGGUCGUUGACUUGCCGGUGGGCACGCACUGCCUCAAGUUUAUUGUUGAUGGCAAGUGGCGUUGCUCCAACCGUUUCAUCAUUGCGCCAGACGAGGACGGCAAUCUGGUCAAUUACUUCAAGGUCGAGGACGUUGUUGAGGAGCAGGACCAGGAGAAGGAGGACAACGUUGAGGGUCUGGAUGCUGCCGCACUGUCUAACUCGCCACCUGGCGAGUACGGCAAUGCCAUUCCUGACCUGGCUAAACUCGCCAGGGAGUCUACCAACAGCAGGCGUAAUGAGCCGCCGUUGCUCCCACCUCACCUCAACCAGGUGCUGCUCAACAGCUCGGAUAUCAGCGGCGAUGACCCCAACAUCCUCCCUGUGCCUAAUCAUGUCGUGCUCAACCAUCUAUACGCUUGCUCGAUCAAAGACAAUGUCAUGGCUGUUUCAAGCACAUCGCGCUACCGGGGUAAAUACAUGACCACAGUGUACUACAAGCCCGUCACGCCCUUGAGCUGAACUAUGCAAAUGAGAUGGCGCGCAUUUUUCUAAUAAAUCAUUUUCAUAUCGUUAUAUUAAUAAUUCCUACACAUUCAAAUAUACAUGC